AAGUCCAAAGUCUAAACUGACACCAAUAUGGAAACUGUCCAUUUCAGGAGAGUUUGGAUCGGAUUUGAGGGUGAAACUCCUUCAGACGUUUUGCUGCAUGUAUUUGUUUUUCAGAAUAUGACUGAGCAACAAGUUUGAAACCGUGAUGUGUGUUAUUUUGUGCGUUUAUAUUUCUCCCAGUAGUGAAACUGAAGGAAGUUGUUUUAAAGAACCACUUGCUGUUUUUACAAGCCUUCUUGACGUAGAUAAUUUGCUUCACUUCUCCGUGAAGAGGAGUAUUUUCCUCUAGCUGAAAUUCUAAAGAUGCUCUUAUGCCUAAGCGACUAAUAACAACCUACGCCCUCUGGGCAAUGGGAGGCCCACUGGGUCUUCACCACCUGUACCUCAGGAGGGACAGCCAUGCUCUCCUCUGGAUGCUCACUCUGGGUGGUUUUGGGUUUGGCUGGCUCAGAGAGUUCUUCCGAAUCCCAGCUUACGUUAGCGAAGCCAACAAAGAGGCUGAGAGAGUCAGACGCCCAUCCAACACGCCUCCACCAAUAGGCUUGGUUCGUUUUGCUGGCCAGAUUUGCGUCGGCAUUUACUUUGGGUCGAUUGCUUUGAUUAGUCUGAACUCUCUGAGAUUCUUCUACGUGCUUGUGCUGCCGUUGAGUGUUGGUGCGGGGGUCCACCUGGUGUCCUGUGUUGGUCAGCAGUCUUCUGACAUGCAGAAGACUCUCACUGCUUGUAUCAUGACCUCAACCAUAUUCUACGGCAGCACACUCUCACCUCUACCCAUCAGCAUAGCAGCUAGUGUCACUGCAGCACAACAUAGAAAGUUGAAACCUCCCCAACAUGCAGGAUCUCGACCAGAGCCACUGGGACCUCGCCUCUAUCGCCUUAGCCUAGCUCUGCUGGCUUUCUCAGCUCCUGUGGGAUAUUGUAUUUUUCACAACACCACAGCUACUUUAUACUACAUUUCAGACUGUGUGGCAGCAUUGCUCGAUAUGUUUUGGUUCAUUCCUUGGCUCAGACAGGUUGUGGAGUUCUUUCUACUGUUGCCAUACCAGAUCUUGUGUGCGCUGACUGGAGGGAGUUACUAUGAGGAGAGCUGGAAGAAGGUUCUGGAAAUACUUCUUAAUGAAUACAGCAAAAGAGAGAUUGAGGCAAUGAAGGUGCUGUCAGUGUCUGAGGGAGCCACCCUGGAGGAGAUCGCUCACAGCUACAGGGAGCUCGCUAAAUUAUGGCACCCAGAUCGCAACCCCUACAAGAAACAAGAAGCUGAAGAGAUGUUCAUUAAAAUCAAUGAGGCGUAUGAGACGCUGCUCCACAGACACAAGCCUCAAAGCAGGAAAUGAGUUCAGACUGCAUAUCUGUAGUAGUAUAGUCUGCCAUCCAGUGGUUAUAAAGUGUACUUUCUAUAAGUUAAUACCGUUUGGAGUAACUGCACUAAACUAAAACGUUUUUGCUCAUCACAUUUUGGGGAAAAAAGACCAUUGUAUAAUUACUUUGACUGUUGGUCACAGUGCAAAUUGUAUCCAUACGGAAUGAUUGAACUCAUUUUGGGCAGCACUGUGACGCAGCGCAUGUUCUUCCCAUGUCCAUGUGGGUUUCCUCCGGGUUUUUUGGUCUCCUCCCACCUUUGCAUCAAUUCAUCCAUUAAUCCAGCCAUCCAUUUUCCAUACCGCUUAUCCUGUAGGUGGUGUUGUGACUCUAAAUAUCUACCUUUAUUUUUACAUUAAAUCAUUUAGCAGACACACUUUAUCCAAGCUACCUUAAAGGAAUAGAUUCAGGGUCGCAAAAAUUAAGCAUUUUACCAACCAAUCAAAGACAAAUCCUUGAUAGCUCAAAAGUACACAAUUAAACAGAGUAAAUGAUCAGUCUAGCUUUAUAGAGGAAAUUUUGCUUCGUUUAUAUUUUUAUACUACUGCUUGCCUUUGCUGACCUGAGUCCAAAAAAGAAAAAGAAGAAUUUGUUACAUCAAGUUAAUUUUUUUUUUGUUUCUGCUUCAGGUUAGAUGGAUAGUCUACUGAUCCAACUGUUUUUAUUAGAGCAGUUAAAAUCAGUUUUGCAGUAAAAUGGCAACACGUUACAUUAUGGAUUUGUUUGUUUUUUUAAAUAAAAUAUUAGUUUAUAUAUUCAAACAUUUAAUAUUUUGAGGAACGUGUCUAAUUAAGUGCAGGUUGCAUAAGACAUCAUAUGAAUAAUAACUUAUACGCACACAAUAAUUAUGUACACACGUAGACUAUUAUAAUAUUUUGCAAAAAUUCCAAUAAAUGUAUAAAAUAAUAUAAA